AGAGAGAGAGGAAAAUGGGUGGACGGAAAGUCCCCGUGUGGAAAUCCCCUUGACUUGACUUAUUUCCUUAAAAAAAAAAAAAAACAGAAAAGAAGAAAAAAAACACACAUCGGUGGCUGACAUGUGUCCUCUUUUGAAAGGCUCCGCCACCUGCGAGGGCUCCGACAUUCAGCUGGCACUGGAGGGAAGAGAAGGUUGAAUGGCGCCGUGGACCGCUGCGGUGAGGCUGAGCGAAGUGGCAGAGGGAGGACGAGCCUGAGCAUCCGGCAGGGCUUUGUUAUUGCCCCGACAUAUUACACAGUUUUUCACGUUGUGCAGCCAUCGGAGGUUGGUGCCUCCUGCUCCUGCUCCUGCUCCUGCUCCUUGUUCCUCUUCGUCCCCUCCUCCUAUCCAGCGGGCCACACGUCAGCCAUGUCGCAGGGUCAGAACUUCCUCCCCAAAUUCCUGUUUGUCUCCAAUCUGCUGAAGGCGGUAAAGAUCCGUCAGCGAGUGCCCAACGACGUGGUGAAGCCGGCUGCUGGCGGCAGCCUGAUGCACCACCUGCGAAGUAUGCACAGGUACACUCUGGAGAUGAUCGCUAUGAACCACUUCCCACAGGCCUUCAGGGAGGUGGUGCAGGCUGCUAUCCUGGACCGAGCCAUGCAGGCCUCACUGGAGCAGGAGAAGAAGCUCAACUGGUGUCGGGAGGUGAAGAAGAUGGUGCCAUUACGCACCAAUGGAGAUGGGAACUGUUUGCUCCAUGCGGCCUCUCAGUACAUGCUGGGCGUUCAGGACACAGACCUUGUGCUUCGGAAAGCCCUCCAUGGUGUUUUGAAAGACACGGACACUGGCGUCUUUAGAGCGCGCUUCCAGGCAGAGCUGCUCCAGUCCCGGGAGUUCACCCAGACCGGGCUCCGAUACACCACCAUGAACUGGGAGGAGGAAUGGGAAAAGAUUGUGAAGAUGGCAUCUCCGGCCUCCAGUAGCAACGGCCUCCAGUUUGACUCUCUUGAGGACAUUCACAUCUUCAUCCUCUCCAAUAUUCUCCGCAGACCCAUCAUCGUCAUUGCAGACCAGGUGGUCAGGAGUAUGAAAUCUGGCUCCUCCAUCUCUCCUCUGAAUGUGGGUGGGAUCUACCUGCCACUACACUGGCCACCCACAGAGUGCUACAAAUACCCAAUAGUGCUCGGCUACGACUCCCAGCACUUUGCACCCCUCAUCACCAUCAAAGACAGCGGGCCAGAGAUCCGAGCAGUACCGCUGAUCAACCCCGGACGAGGUGACUUCGAGGAGCUGAAGGUUCACUUCCUGAUGGAGAAGGAACAGCAGCAGAAAGAGAGGCUCCUCAAAGACUACCUGCUACUCAUAGAGAUCCCUGUCAUUGGCGUGGGCCAUGAUGUUUUACGGAUCAUCAAUGCUGCAAGGUUGGAUGAGGGCAACCUUCCUGAAGACAUGAACCUGAUGGAGGACUACCUGCAGCUUGUCAACCAUGAGUACCAGCGCUGGCAAGAGGACAAGGAGCAGGCAUGGGCUGCCCAGCCACAGCGGCCACCGCCCUUCUCCGUCUCCCAGCUCUCCCUUAUCGAGAUCCGCUGUGCCACACCACGAUGCACAUUCUAUGUGUCGGUGGACACGCAGCCCCAUUGCCACGAAUGCUUUGAGAAGCGACAGGCCACUACUGGUGGAGGAGCAAGGAUAGAAGGGGUGGUACAGGCCAAGGGGGGAGGGAUCCAAGGUGGGGUAGGUGUGAUAGGGGGAUCAGAGGCCGAGGUGAACUCAAGAGGAGCUCGAAGCAGCAGCCCCUCGUCCUCCUCGUCUGGCAGAGGGGUGGUGAUAUCCAGCCCCCGCUCAGCACCCCCAACCGCUCCCAGCCUCAGCCUGUACAGUGAAACUCAUGCCAUGAAGUGCAAGACACCUGGCUGCCUCUUCACCCUGAGCGUAGAGCAUGAUGGACUUUGUGAGCGCUGUUUCAACUCCAGGCAGAACCAUGGAGCCCCUGGAACUGGAACAGCCGCUACAGGACUCCCAGGCCCCAGUGGGGGUACUAUUGUCCCCCACCCGGCCCAGGGCUCCGCCUGGACCCAGUGGGGGAGUGGUGAGACAGAGACAGAACGCUGCAGCAUGUGUAGACAGGAGGCGUCCAGGAUAUUCAAUGGCCUGUGUCCAACCUGCAUGCAGAAACAGCAGGCUCCAGAGAGGGGAGAGCCACAGCAAAGCAACACCAGAACUGAGGCCUCGUCUUCAGCUUGGAGCCAGGCCAGGGAUGCUGAGAGGCCGUGCCUCACCCUAACCCCCGGGCACACGUCCGCCUGGCAGGCCCCUCUGGCCCGGCCUUGUAAAAGAUCUGGUUGCCAGUUCUUUGGGACGCCAGAGAAGUUGGGUUUCUGCACUAUUUGCUACGUGGACUAUCAGACAAACCACCACAUGACGCCUCCCCCUGCCCCGGUCCAGAGCCGGCAUGGUUUGGAGGCGGGCUUCCAGAAUGCCUCCAGGUGUCGUGGGCCUGGGUGUGGUGCUGUUGGCAAGGCAAUGCUCGAGGGCUACUGCGACAAGUGCUACGUCAAAGAGCAAAGCACACGGCUAAACCAAGUGGCACAUCGCACACCACACUCCCCUCCUCUAGUCAUGCGUGACCGUGCAGCCAAACCCAGAUCUUCUCAGCAAUCCCAGACCCAGACUCAGUGCCGGAGGAGUGGCUGCAGCAAUGUGUCCCCAGGUUGCACAGACCUCUGCCCAGAGUGCCACACGCGAGGCCAGGGCAGAGAGGUGGGCAGGCGGGCGCAGGCGCCCAAGGAAAAGUCCAAGCAGCGGUGCAGGACGCAGGGCUGCGACCACUACGCCAACCAAGAGAAACAGGGCUACUGCAACGAGUGUGACCACUUCAAACAGAUUUACCGCGGCUGACCACAUACGCAACCAUGCACGCAAUGACGAUGAUGACACAUUGCUAGCACGCUAGAGCCGCUGCCCUGCUGUGGGCGCCCCAUGCCAGUCAAUGCACCUCUGAUACUAACUAACCAACUAACUAACUAGCUAGUGACUAACUAGUAACCUUAUGGCCUGAAAAUCAAACCCCCAUGUAGAAUGUGAAGAGAGUGUGUGUACGUGGGGGGGAGUGAGUGUGUGUGUGUGUGUGUGUGUGUGUGUGUGUGUGUGUGUGUGUGUGUGUGUGUGUGUGUGUGUGUGUGUGUGUGUGUGUGUGUGUGUGUGUGUGUGUGUGUGUGUGUGUGUGUGUGUGUUCGCAGUCGACAUGGCCUCCAGAAUACCUCUUUGUGCAAUUAUUAUCAUCUGAUGUGCCCUGUGCACUUACACGCUGAGAGGUUUGGCUGCAUGUCAAAGCAACUGACUUAACUGUUGUGUACAAUAUGUAUUUAGAGGUACGUAGUGAAUCGUGCCGGACAAAAUGAUUGUAUGUUGACAUAACAAGAAGCGUCUGACAUUGCUUUCUAGACCACAGCCAAGGAUUUAUACCCCUCUGUCUGUCUGACUGUCUGUCUGUGUUAACCCAUCUGUGUAUCUAUCUUCCUGUCUGUCUAGCAUUUUCUCUAUGAGGGAUGCAGCAGUUGGGGAAGCCCAGAAACUAAUCUUUGGAAGUAGUUGGCAUAAUCGGGCCAAACUGGACCAAAGUAAAGCAAGUGGAGUUCUAGAAAUGGAAAAAAAACAAAAAAAACUUAUUCACCACUGUUAAGCUUAGUUCUCAAAAAAUCAUUCAUUUAUGUCUUUCCACAGUUGACACAGAUUUGUUAAAAAAGGCUUUUGCAAUCAAUAUUGUAAAAGAAGAAUUCUUUUUUCUUCCAUUAGCCAAUCAACAGCAGAGUUAAAUUAACCUUAGUAUUGUUACUUAUCUGUUUUAUGAAGUUACCAUUUUGAAUUGUUUGAUGUGUAAAGUUAGGACGGAUCAUGUGUCUAAACAGUGCAAGACAGACAGGGCAGGCCCCUGCCAGUUCUGGUGCUACAUGUACAGAAAUAAAAGCCUCUCCAUUGUAGCCUACAUGCUGGCGCUGUCGGCGGACAGAAGGCAGAGAACACAGUGGAGACAAGACUCAUUCUCUUUCUAUUCCUGCUUUCCUUCCCCUUAGUUCCCCUAUUCCCCUUAACAGAUCUGUUGCCUUGGACAUUGCUUUCCUGUUUACCGGCCACUGCAGCACCUAGAAACGAACAGACACAUAAACACUCACACAAAUGUUGUAGUUCCAGUCCUGUCGAACGGGGAUUGCCAACCGUACAGAGAACUAAGAACAUAAUGACAGGGUGCAGUUUGGUUGAUCAUUCAACUUACUGCACACACACGUGCACAUGUAAACACAGCUCAGUUAGAGAUUGUAUGCGCCUCACCCCUGCCUGAGGUGACGAGGCGCAGGUAGACAAACCCACAGAGAAUGCAUAUCUUUCCACUCCACCCCACUUGAUGUGCCAAGGCGACAAGUCAAAAAAUGCCAGAGAGCAAUCCAGUUGCCUGCUUUGGCUCAUCGUGUUUAUCUGAAUGUUUUUUGUGCCGCUGCUGCUGCAACAGCACAGUAUUGGGGCUGAUCCUCGAUAAGUUUUGCCUUUAAGUAUGUGAUUAAAAAUGUAUGGACCAGAGGGGCCUGAUCAGUGAUCCUGAAUCAGUGCUCAUUUUGUAGGACCUUCUAACCCGAUGCCUCAUCUCCAACACACACACACACACAUACACAUACACAAAAAGUGCGCAUGUGUGCAUCUGGAAUACGCAAAACUGACAUUCCUUUUUUUUUUUUUGUAUUUCUUCAUUGUAUUUUGAUAUGUUUGGUUUUGUUUCUGCCCUAAAAAAAAUACAUGUGCCAUCAAUCGCCGAACAGUUGUUGUUACCUCCUUAAAAAUGGCCAGCCUGGACCAUUCUGAACUAACUAGAGUGCCACAGAUAGACAUCUCCAAUUCUGUGUAACAAGAGAUUAGAGCCUGUUGAGUUUGCAUACAUUGAAAAUCCCAAAAGGAUUGUCUAUUUGAUCUAAAUACGACGAACCAUUUGCCUACAACCUCUAGGAGAAAAAAAAAGGUUUUAUCAUAAACUAAUGUGAUCUGAAGUUUGACAGUCAUUCCACUCAAAUUUCUGCUGAAGAACUCAAAUGGAAUAGGCGGAUGUCAAUCUGUGGCUCUAGUUGGAAGAGCUUAGACAAACAGGCUCUCGUUUUGCCUUUUUAUUCAACUGUAUCUAAAGCUGUCCAGCCGGCCCACGUGUUGACGGCCUGUACGUAGAUCUCUGUGUGCUUUAAUCACCUCUAGACAAAACCUUAAUCAAUUAAAGGCCAAUUCGUGGUCCGCUCAUCAGUACCCCUUGUUAAGGCUUUGGGGCUCUGGCCGAGUUUGUCGGGGAGAUGAUCACGAAAGUUGCACAUGAGUUGUCUAAGUUGCUGCGGCAUUUAGGAAUGGUACUCCGACCUCGCUUAGGAACAUUCCAAUAGUAGGAAGUGCAUCCGCUUAAGAGCAGAGAGGUGUAACAAAACAUGCAAAUGGUGUGGAAGUUUGUCUGUGUGACCUUUCAAUAGGGUAUUGUAUGAAAAAAAAGCCUGGUUUUAUUUGUUAAGUAUUUAUUCAUAUCAAGAUAUCUGUAUUGUGUGAUUCAAUAAUUAUUUAUAUGUCGUCCUGAAAUGAAUUAUUUUUAUUAAGAAAUCUGAAAUCUG